AUGUCAAUACUUCUUGCUACUUCUAAUUUUGAUUCAUAUAUAAAAGAAGAUAAAAUUAGAAGUUAUCAGCUUCCUCAUUUUGGUAAUGUUUGUCCUUAUUUUUUUCAAACAUUUUGGAUGUGUGGCCCAAAGAUUAUUCAACGUAUCUUUAGUUGGAUUCAAGAACAUAAAUCAAUGUUGCCCAAAACUCAUAGUAAUACUGGUCGUCAGCCUAAAAAUAUCUUACCUAUUGAAAUAGCUAAUAAAUCUAGAUUUUUUAUUAAAUCAUUUGGCAACCAACAUGGUGAAAAUCAGGCUCUGUUGGACUUUUUGACAACUAUGAGAAAUAAUGCUAAGCUUAGUAAAAUAAUAAUAAGAAAACCACCCAAAGAUGUAUGUGAUAAAUGCACUUUAUACAAAUGUGCAUUAAAAGUAAGUAGCAAUUAUAUAAAUGAAGAUCUUGAUGAGCAAUUAAUAACUCAUGUAUCAGAUUAUCAGAAAAUAAGAGAGGUCUAUGAAAAUGAUAUACAAAAAGCAAAAAGCAGUGACCAUUCUUCUUUUUGUGUUUUUUUAUUUAACUUUGCCCAAAAUAUAGAAUUACCUCAUAAUCCUAAACAGCCCAGCUUAUGGUAUUAUCUAUCAUUGCUAAAAAUACAUCAAUUUGGCUUAGUAGAUGAAGGUAUCGAUAAAUAUUGGCACACAAUUUAUACCGAGAGUAAAGCAUCAAAAGGGCUAAAUGAAGUUACUUUGAUGUUGAAUCAUUUUCUUGUUUCUGUAAUAGGCAAAGCAAAAGAAAUUAAACUAUGGACAGACAAUUGCA